UCUCCUGAAACUCUGAGGGUUAGAAAAGCAUAAGUUGAUGAAGACUAAGAAGAAGCAGACGAAUAGUAGUAUCAUCUCUGUCAAAGAGAUAACAAAGUCCUCUUUCAAAAUCGCCCUAAGGAAGAAACCUGCCGCUGCCACCAUAACCGUAGAAGAUAACGACAAUGGAGGAAGAAUCAACUCGUCUUUGUGGGUCAAAUCUCUCUUACUCGGAAGAGGAGCGUACGGUUCGGUUUAUCUAGCUAAGAGCAAGAGCGAGAAACACCAAACAGGAGUAAGAGCCAUCCAAACUGCAGAGAUUUCACAUGCUUCAAGCCUCAUGGACGAAGGCAGGUUUCUUAUCCGUUUACAAUCCCCUUUCAUUGUCCGUUGCUACGGCGUUGAGAUUGCACGCGAGGAGGAGGACGAUCAAUGCAUGCUAUACAAUCUGAUUCUCGAGUAUUGCUCUGGCAAAACCAUUGCCGACUUGAUCGAGGAUAAUCAUGGCGAGUUACUUGAGUCGGAGGUCAAAGUAUUCGCUAGAGAUGUCUUGUCUGGUCUCACUUACAUCCACGACAGAAACAUCAUUCACUGCGACAUCAAACCCGACAACCUCUUACUCUCCCCUACCCAUGUCCGGUUCAGGUCUACUGGGUACUUGACCAAGAUUAGGGAUUUUGGAUUAGCUAUGGAGAAAGGCUCGGUGGAGUACGGUAAUGGAUACGGCCAUAAGAGAGGCACCACGAGGUAUAUGGCUCCAGAGCUUAUGGCCCAUGGCAUUGUUGACUUUGGAUCAGAUGUGUGGGCCUUUGGAUGCACGAUGUUGGAGAUGUUAUCCGGAAUAUCAGUUUGGGGAGAAUACGGUGAUCUUGAUUCUGAUGAUUGGGUCAAUCUCAUUGGCCACAGCGAUCGUAUGCCUCAUGUACCGGUUUGGUUGUCUAAAGAUGCACUAAAUUUCUUGAGCAGAUGCUUGGAGAGAGACGUUAACAAGAGGUGGUCUACUCAUUCACUCAAGAACCAUCCCUUUGUUCUGUUAUGAGGGAGGAACCAAUGAAUGAUAUGUUUUGUGUUCAUUCAAUUUGUUUGGAACAU